CGUACGGGACUGGAGAACACGUAAAGACCAGUAUUUCAGCAAUUCGUGUCUGAGGCCCAAGGAUCCAGGUUUAUAAGAGGUCCCGCAGGCACUCAUCCAUCUACAGAGUCUGGGCCAUCAAAUCUAGAUCGAGGGAUUUAUGAGUCCAACCUCGAGACCUAUUUGGCAUCCACCGGUGGGUGAUUGUUUCUCUGAGGUCUGGACAUUCAAAGGUGCUCCGCUGAUCGCCAACUGACAGCGGGCGCUGCACUUUCUCGUGCUUCGUUUACUUUUAGUGUUUAGCUUUUUGUCGCUGUCAGGUGCUGCAAAUUCUUUGAGGAGCACCGGCGCAGCGCUCACUUCAAGCUUCGCUCAGUCGAAUCCAUUUGUCUCUUCUCAGUUUCUCGAAGGUGGACGUGAGAGCCUUGGCUUGAACGGAGGUCGCAAGCUUGAGGAGAGUUGCUUAGGCAGAUCUAGGAAUUAUGAUCGGUUGUCUCAAAAUCUUCAACUCGCGAGUCUCUCGAGUUCCACAGAUUGAAGCAGAGCGCGACACCGGACCGAGUCGAAUUUAGAGUGCGCGAUCUCGUGAUCGAAAGAUCAGAAGGUGCCAGCGAUGGCGAGCGCGAGCUCUGCCCUGGUUCACAUGACAGGGAUGGCGCACGCUCCACCGCCUCGAAGCGGGCCACGGCGAACAUCCGAGCUGGGGGCGUCGACGAGUCUGAUGGGAGCAGCAUUGCAGUCCCGAAGCAGCAGCAGGCGAAGGCUGCGCACAUCGAUCAGAAGCGAGGACAUUAACACCGACACUCUGAUCCGCCAAAAGCCCGCCGUGGCCUUGUGGAAGCACCGUCUCAGCGGCAAGGCGCUGAAACUCCUCCGGCAGCCGGCCGAGCUCGAGGACCUGCGCUACGAGGACGAGCCGGCGGCGGCGGGGGGACGGGCGCUGGAGGAGCCGCUGCUGCACCCGUUCGACGACAUCGCGAUUGGGGCACGGUGGAGGGAGGUUCAGGGCUGCGACGACUGGGCCGGCCUGCUGGACCCGAUCGACCCGGCCGUGCGCGGCGAGGCCAUCCGCUACGGGGAGUUCGCGCAAGCGGCCUACGACGCCUUCGACAGCAGCUCCCACUCCAAGUACUGCGGCAGCUGCAAGUACAGUCGGCGCAACCUGCUGGAGAAGACGCGGUUGGCGAACCGCGGCUACGAGGUCACGCACUACAUCCACUCGACGGCCACCGAGCGCCUGCUCAAGCUCUACCGGCGCCCGCUGGUGGAGGACGGCGAGCGCUGGAGCAAGGACUCGAACUGGAUCGGCUUCGUGGCCGUAAGCACGUCGCCGCGCGAAAUCGCGCGGCUCGGGCGCCGCGACAUCGUCGUGGUGUGGCGCGGCACCGUGACCGGCACCGAGUGGAUGGAGCAUUACCAGAACGCCGUCGUCCCCAAGGGCCUUGAUCCCGACGGGUCGGAGUCCGACCCGGCGUCGCAGGUGCGCGUCGAGGAUACCUUCGUGGAGAUGUACGCGACGAAGAACGGCCGGUCGCGCUACAACCGCACCAGCGCGCGGGAGCAGGUCACGGCCGCCGUGCGAGAGCUGGUGGCGCGGUACGCGCACGAGCCCGAGGAGCUCAGCAUCACCGUGACCGGGCACAGCCAGGGCGGCGCGCUGGCCACCUUGAAUGCCUACGACCUCGCGGCGUCGGGCAUCAACCGCCGCGACUCCUCGCGCCAGGACCUCGUGCCCAUCACCGUGUACAGCUUUGCGUCGCCCCGCGUGGGCAACAACGCCUUCCGGGAUCGCGUGACGGAGCUCGGCGUCAAGGUGCUGCGCGUCGCGAACGUGAACGACCUCGUGCCGUAUGUGCCCGGCGUGAUCUUUAACGAGCAGCUCGAGUUUCUGCACCCGCGCCAUUUUGCGCCGGGCGCCAGCAUGUGGCUCGACCUCGUGCACGACUUCCUCGACCUUCUGCCCAUGGUCUACACGCAUGUGGGCGUGGACCUGCUGCUGGACGAUGGCGCCUCGCCUUUUCUCAAGAAGGGCCCUCUCGAUCGGCUGAAUGUGCACAACCUCGAAGUGUAUCUGCAUCUGCUCGAUGGCUUCGUGGCCUCAGGAGCUCCCUUCACUCCCUCCGGGCGCCGCGACAAAGCUCUCGUCAAUAAGUCCUCCAGUUUCCUCGACCCUCGGUACAACAUUCCGGCCUUCUGGUGGCAGGAGAAGAACAAGGGCCUGGUGAAAACUGCCGAAGGUCGCUGGGUGUGCCCGGAGCGCGAGCUGGAAGACAUCCCUCGCGCUAUGGGAACAUAACUCUCUGCCCGCAAACGCUCAUCAUCAGCUCCGGCCAGAACUGUAUCAGAUUCCGAAACAUUCCACGACGACAUGACGAACUGAAUGCCGUACCCUCCGAUGUCAUCCGAGCAUGGGUUGCAGACUGCCACGAGAGAUUAUUCGAGAAUGGGGCUUGAUGAAUAGUUCAGUAGCUAGUUGGUCACUGAGGGUUGACAACCCUCGCACAAUUUUGGAGCACACGAUUUACAAUUCGGAGAACAAUCCUUCACAGAUAUCUAAACUUACAGCGAGAACACUUCACAGAUAUCUAAUUUAUUGAUUUGAACUAGUCAACUUAGGUGAGCCGUAGUGUAGACACUGGACGAUAGAUAGAUGAGCACCUCGGUGCUCAUUCCUAUCUGCUCCUGUACAGAAAGGUAUCGGGCCACAUCAGGCUGAUGUUGUACAUAGGGAAUCUGCACAUUGCGUGUAUAAUUAAUAUUCUAUCGGUUGGAACUCCGUGAUUUUCUCGUU